CGCUGCCUCCCCCCUCCUCCCUCGGGUCACCGGAGCUGUCUGGGAGGAGGAGGAGGAGGAGGUCGUCGGGGGCGGGGGCGGCGGCAGGCGGCUGCAGGCGGGGACCUCGCUCCCCCUUCCCCGGAGGCAGCGGCGGCCGGGACAGGACAAUGGAGGUGGCUGUGGAGAAGGCGGCGACGGCGGCCGCCGUGGCGGCGGCCGCCGCGGGGCCCCCGGCAGCGCCGAGCGGGGAGAACGAGGCCGAGAGUCGGCAGGUCCCGGACUCGGAGCGCGGAGGCGAGGCGGCCCGGCUCAACCUGUUGGACACUUGCGCCGUGUGCCACCAGAACAUCCAGAGCCGGGCGCCCAAGCUGCUGCCCUGUCUGCACUCCUUCUGCCAGCGCUGCCUGCCCGCGCCCCAGCGCUACCUCAUGCUGCCGGCGCCCAUGCUGGGCUCGGCCGAGACCCCGCCGCCCGUCCCUGCCCCCGGCUCGUUGGUCAGCGGCUCCUCACCGUUCGCCACCCAAGUUGGAGUCAUUCGAUGUCCAGUUUGCAGCCAAGAAUGUGCAGAGAGACACAUCAUAGAUAAUUUUUUUGUGAAAGACACUACUGAGGUUCCCAGCAGUACAGUUGAAAAGUCUAAUCAGGUGUGUACAAGCUGUGAGGACAAUGCAGAAGCUAAUGGGUUUUGUGUCGAGUGUGUUGAAUGGCUCUGCAAGACAUGCAUCCGAGCUCACCAAAGGGUGAAGUUCACAAAAGACCACACUGUGAGACAGAAAGAGGAAGUAUCUCCAGAGGCAGUUGGUGUGACUAGUCAGCGACCAGUGUUCUGUCCUUUUCAUAAGAAGGAGCAGCUGAAGCUUUACUGUGAAACAUGUGACAAACUGACAUGUCGAGACUGCCAGUUACUAGAACAUAAAGAGCAUAGAUACCAAUUUAUAGAAGAAGCUUUUCAGAAUCAAAAAGUGAUCAUAGAUACACUAAUCACCAAACUGAUGGAAAAAACAAAAUACAUAAAAUUCACAGGAAAUCAGAUCCAAAACAGGAUAAUUGAAGUAAAUCAAAAUCAAAAGCAGGUGGAACAGGAUAUUAAAGUUGCUAUAUUUACAUUGAUGGUAGAAAUAAAUAAAAAAGGAAAAGCUCUGUUGCAUCAGCUUGAGAGCCUUGCAAAGGACCAUCGCAUGAAACUCAUGCAACAGCAACAGGAAGUGGCUGGGCUCUCUAAACAGCUGGAACAUGUCAUGCAUUUUUCCAAAUGGGCCGUUUCCAGCGGCAGUAGUACAGCAUUACUGUACAGCAAGCGACUGAUUACAUACCGACUACGGCACCUCCUUCGAGCAAGGUGUGAUGCUUCCCCAGUGACCAACAAUACCAUCCAGUUUCACUGUGAUCCUAGUUUCUGGGCUCAAAAUAUUAUCAAUUUAGGUUCUUUAGUAAUCGAAGAUAAAGAGAGUCAGCUGCAAAUGCCUAAGCAGAACCCUGUCGUGGAACAGAAUUCACAGCCACCAGGUGGCUUAUCUUCAAACCAGUUAUCCAAGUUUCCAACACAGAUCAGCCUAGCUCAGUUACGACUCCAGCAUAUGCAGCAACAGGUAAUGGCUCAGAGGCAACAGGUGCAACGGAGGCCAGCACCUGUGGGUUUACCAAACCCUAGAAUGCAGGGGCCCAUCCAGCAACCUUCCAUCUCUCAUCAGCAACCCCCUCCACGUCUGAUAAAUUUUCAAAAUCACAGCCCCAAACCUAAUGGACCAGUUCUUCCUCCUCAUCCUCAACAGCUGAGAUAUCCACCAAACCAGAAUGUGCCACGACAAGCAAUAAAGCCCAACCCUCUGCAGAUGGCUUUCUUGGCUCAACAAGCCAUAAAACAGUGGCAGAUCAGCAGUGGGCAGGCUGCCCCGUCAACUGCCAGCAGCACAUCCUCUACUCCUUCCAGUCCCACCAUUACUAGUGCAGCAGGACACGAUGGCAAAGGUUUUGGUUCACCUAUGAUUGAUUUGAGCUCCCCAGUGGGAGGUUCUUACAAUCUUCCUUCUCUUCCAGAUAUUGACUGUUCAAGUACUAUUAUGCUGGACAAUAUUGUGAGGAAAGAUCCUAGUAUAGAUCAUGGCCAGCCAAGACCACCCUCAAACAGAACCGUCCAGUCACCAAAUUCAUCAGUACCAUCUCCAGGCCUUGCAGGACCUGUUACUAUGACUAGUGUACACCCACCAAUACGUUCACCUAGUGCCUCCAGCGUGGGGAGCAGAGGAAGCUCUGGCUCUUCCAGCAAACCAACGGGAGCUGAUUCUACACACAAAGUCCCAGUGGUCAUGUUGGAGCCAAUCCGAAUAAAGCAAGAAAACAGUGGACCACCUGAAAAUUAUGAUUUUCCUGUUGUUAUAGUGAAACAAGAAUCAGAUGAAGAAUCUAGGCCUCAAAAUACCAACUAUCCAAGAAGCAUACUUACCUCCCUGCUCUUAAAUAGCAGUCAGAGCUCUGCUUCUGAGGAGUCUGUGCUAAGAUCAGAUGCCCCUGAUAGCACAGGAGAUCAACCUGGACUUCACCAGGAAAAUUCCUCAAAUGGAAAGUCUGAGUGGCUGGAUGCCUCCCAGAAGUCACCGCUUCAUGUUGGAGAGACAAGGAAAGAAGACGACCCCAAUGAGGACUGGUGUGCAGUUUGUCAGAAUGGAGGGGAGCUCCUGUGCUGUGAUAAGUGUCCCAAAGUAUUCCAUCUUUCUUGUCAUGUACCCACAUUGGCAAGUUUUCCAAGUGGAGAAUGGAUCUGCACUUUCUGCCGAGACUUAUCUAAACCAGAAGUUGAAUAUGAUUGUGAUGCUCCCAGUCACAACUCAGAAAAAAAGAAACCAGAAGUCCUUGUUAAAUUAACACCAAUAGAUAAAAGGAAGUGUGAGCGCCUACUUUUAUUUCUUUACUGCCAUGAAAUGAGCCUGGCUUUUCAAGAUCCAGUUCCUCUAACUGUGCCUGAUUAUUACAAAAUAAUUAAAAAUCCAAUGGACUUGUCAACCAUCAAGAAAAGACUACAAGAAGAUUAUUCUAUGUACACAAAGCCUGAAGAUUUUGUAGCUGACUUUAGAUUGAUCUUUCAAAAUUGUGCUGAAUUCAAUGAGCCUGAUUCAGAAGUAGCCAACGCUGGCAUAAAACUUGAAAACUAUUUUGAAGAACUCCUAAAGAACCUUUAUCCAGAAAAAAGGUUUCCUAAACUAGAAUUCAGGAAUGAAUCAGAAGAUAAUAAAUUUAGUGAUGAUUCAGAUGAUGACUUUGUACAGCCCCGGAAGAAACGCCUCAAAAGCAUAGAGGAACGCCAGUUGCUUAAAUAAGCAGCACCAUUAGCAUGUGCUGGUUUUUAGAUUUUUGUUUUGUUUUUAAUAAACAUUUUGUGAGUAAUUUAACAUCAUUACAAAGAAGAGUUUGUGACCACUCUGAUCUAAAUACAUUUUUGAUGUUUAUAGACUGAUUUCUUUAGUAACUCGUUUCUUUUAACCUUCUUACUAAGAGAGAAAGGAAGUAAGGAAAGGAAGAGAAAGAAGGAAGGGAGUUAGGAUGGAAGGAGAAAGAAAGGAAGAAAGAAAGAAAGAAGCAACAACAACACUGAACAAAGACAUUCUUCCCACUUGUUGGAUUUCAAAACUGCAGGUUGGAGCAGUAGCUGUUAGAGAAAGGAAAUAGACUCUGUAUGAACUCUUAAGUUGAAAAUUUGAUGUGGUUUGGAUGUGUGCAUUAAUCUAUUUUCAGAAAAUACCACUGCCCACUUAUUAUGGCCCAACCAUGAGGUAGGUGUACUGUACUUAAAAGCAGUACCCAUAAACAUGAGUGGUAAGAAGAGUUCAUCCAAGGAUGCCGAACAGUGCAACGAAAAAGUAGAUUAGAUGCUAUUAAGAAGGCACCUAAUAGUAUAUCAUGUAAGAUGGCAACUGUAUUAAAGGAAAAGCAGGAAAACAAAUGUUUGAUUUUUGUUUUGUUUUGCUUUUUGUCUAUAGAGGUGUUUGGUAUAGCAGGUUUUUAAAGCUGUUUUUCAUACCUUUCUAAAUCUAACUUCUUCCAUGGAAGAAGUGAGUGUACACGUUUGGUUUGCUGUGUGUCUGUGUGUGGUUUCUUGUUUGUGUUUUAACUGUGCAGGUGAUCCUUAUAAUAAGACUCACUGUUUGCAGUAUGGCUUUUAGUAGAACUACCCAAAAUAGGAAGUACACCAGCGUGUGCCAUAAUUGAUGUGAGGAUUCUUCAACUAACCACAUAGGGGCUAGUUUUUGUGGUUUUCAUCUGUCUUUAUAAUUUCUAAUGAAAAGAAAUGUGAAAUUUGGGAGAAGACAGUUGGAGGUAAUUAGAGUGAAAAUUUAAUUUCUUCUAAAGCAUCUGUUUCCUAUUUUAAAAAGUCAGGCACUUUAAGUUGAAUCUUUAGUCUGACUUAAUUCUGAAUUUCAUUUUCAUUUUCCUGAUAGAUACACCAAAGAUCUAUCUUCCAAGGGCAAGUAUAUUCUUAAUGAGUCAGACCUGACAGUCAUUUAUUCCUUAUACCGGUUGUUCAGUGUCAUAGAAGAAAACUAGAUUAAGAUAGAAUAAAAUUGCUGUGCCAUUUCCUAAUCUAACAUUUGACACAAUAUUUACACAUGAAUAUUUUUAGUUUUCCAAAGUAAACUUUUAUUUAUAAAACAUUAAUUAGCAGGGGAAAUUUUCUCUUUAGUCCCGCAGAAGAAAAAUAUAGCUGAAAGACUGUUAUUUUUUGGCUGCUAAUCAAUCUCAUGAAUUAAACUUGCUUUUAUCCACAUGGCAUUACUUCUUAAAAUGAACAAUUUGAAAACAUUCUGUGGCUAAUUCAUUGGACUCUGAGAUACUGCUGAAGAUAAAAUAUGAGAAAAUAACUUUCUAGUGGUAGUUUCUCACUGGAGACUUAGAUCUUGUCCAUAAUCUGUCAAUUAUGUACUAAUGGUUAAAAAGUCUUAACCACUUUUCCAAAUGUGUGUUCCAGGGUAACUGUUGUAUUAUUUUGAAUAUGCAUUUGAGAUUUAUUCUUCAAAGACUGAACAAAUUUUGAUAACUGCCUAUACCAUUUAAUUGUCCCUUUGCUCCAGCAUUUUUAGCACAGCAGUGCUGGAGCUUUUGCCAACAAGUUUAUUGUUGGUAUCUUCGUAUACUGUUCUUCUGACAGUUUGUUCUUCCAUACCUGUCUCCUGAGCUAAACUAUGACAACGCAGAUAAAUUGUGAGGAGGAUCACAAGGGGAAGUAGCACACACAAGAUAAAAAAUUGCCUAAAUAAAUCUGAGCCAGAAUUUCUAAUGUAACCAGAACUUCUCAUUGUUCCAUUCAGUGCCAUAUUAAUCUUUUAAAACAGUAUUUGUUUCACCUUUACUAUUUUUUGCUGAGUGAAAGGGAGUCAAGAACUAUAUUUCCUAUAACCUUACAUAAUAUAAAUUGAAAAUAACUGUUUUUCUCUCCAAAUAGUCUCUUCAUGCAGUCUUUAACAUUAAAGUCCUGCAACCUUAUUAACAAACACCUACAUGCCCAAGUGGAUACAAGCAACAUAGUCCUUAAAGUCUAAUAGAAGUAAGCUACAAAAUGAACCUAAGUAUACCCUGUGCUCAUUUAGAGAGCAUCUUCCCAAAAGUUCAGUGUAAUUCAAGCAACUCUGAUCUAAAGUUUAAAAACUCCAAAUUUGCCUCUAAUCAAAAACUCCAGAUUUCCCUCUGGAUUUGGAACCAAAAGCCCAGUGUCAUAGCUGCAAGACCCCCCACCCCAGUGUUGAAUGUGAUCACAUCAUCACACCUUUGACCAGGGCUUAUGAAUCAGCAGACCAUGUGGGAGUUGAGAUUUACUUAAUUCCAUCUCACGAAAGCUUUUCCAGGUACCAAGCAUCUGAUCUUUUAAGUAAUAAGAAAAUCCAAGUUCACAGUGACAUCUAUGACUAGAGCAGAAGUAUAAAUGGACUAAGAUAAAUACCACAUUAAGUUCAAAAUACAUAUUUGUGUAUCAGCGUCUGGCAAUGCAGUCCUUUUCUGCUUUGAAUUAACAGGCCCUGCUUCUCUUUCCUGAAUGAAUAAGUAGAAAAUUGGAGGGUGCAAAAAGAAAAAUGUCAUCUUUUGGUAGUUACACUUUCUUUUCCAAGCUAAAGAAUACACUCGCCAUUUUACUACCACACAGUAGUAUAGAUGUAAUAUAACUUUGAACUGCUUUCAAAAAUUCAUAGUCAAAAGGGUGAAUAUACAGCCAACUGCUCCAUUUUUUAAUUUGCAUUUCAAAUUCCUAUGAUAUUACUAUGCUAAGCUUUUAUAUCUGGGUCCUGUGGAGAAAUGAGUUAGACAAUGAAAGGAGAAAUCACCAGCUCUUACUGAGGCCUGGUCCACAAAUUAAUGUGAAUCCCUAAAGUAAGUUGUUGCAUGUGUGCAAAGGCUUUUAGGUUUUAAUAGAAGAUGUACUUAUUUUCUCUUUACCUGUAUCUGUUACAGAUGAAAGAAAUUGAGUGAUCUGAUUAGCCAUUAAAAUUGUGGACAUUAUCAUGAGUUCAACCAUCUAAUUUCUUACUGAAAUAGAGGCCCUCCUUUUAAAUAACCAUGUACAUAUGUUUUAAAGUAUUUUAUAACCUCAUGUAAAUUAUUAGUCAUCUUACAUCUUCCUCUUGGAUGUGAAUUUACUAAGUCAUAAUUCACAUGGUAGUGGCUCAUGUUCCUGAAUAAGAAUAAUGGUAGCCAAUCAGAUCAUGGAUUUCUUUCCCUGUGAAGGUUUUGCUUAUUGUGAAGGACAUCUGAGGCAGUAGUCUUUGUUGUUUUGUGUUUUGUUUGUUUUAAUUUUGAGGGCCAACUGGUGCUUUGAUUUUUAAUAAAAAUCAGCUUUGAUGGA